AAAAAUUGUCAAAAUAAUUAAUUAAUUAAGAUUAAUAAACAAUAAAUUAACUAAUAACUAUUAAUGGUGUUCUCAAAUUUUGAUUUGUUUUCAUCUACUUUCCAAUUUAACGUUGGAAAGUAAAACUUGAAAAAAAGAACUUCUUUAGGAGGAAUCUUAUCACUUUUAGUUGUUUCAGCAACAUUAAUUUACUUCAUCUAUGAGCUUCUUUAGUACUUUAAUAACAAAAUUGAUCCAAAAUUUAUUUCUUAAAGUUUCAUUACAAGCGAUCCUAUUGAUGUGGAAUUGCAUAAUGACUUAAUUGGAUUUAGAUACGAGUAUAUCUUAAAUAAAGAUUUAAUGGAUCUUUAAGAAAAAACAAAUAAAACUUACUUAGUAUUUAUUCCUGUAUUCGAGUAUGUAGGUGACGAUGGCAUCGAAAUCAUUUAAGUGGAUUAUUCUAGAUGCACUAAUUCUUUAAUCAGUGGUUUCAUGUGCUUAGAUUUCUCAUAAAUAUAAAACUACACCUUAACAUUGAGGUCUUUAAAUGAUAUACAUUCUAGAAUUAACAUAUUAAUAUACAGAUGUUAGGAUAUAGAUGAUAUUAAAACAACUAUACCAAAUAAUUGCGCUGAUCCUUUAGAAAUAUAAAAUAUGGUAAACAGUCUUGCCUCUGCCUUCCACUUAAAGCUUUACACUUCACAAUACAAUACAACUUCUACUUAAAUCUAAACAAAUUAUAGAAACUCAUAUAUUAGUUUUUAAGGAGACUAAUUUGUUUACAGUAUCUUUAAGGCUUAAAUUUAAAGGACAAAAGUUUAAUAAGGACCCUUUUUUUAGUAUACUGAAUCAUACUAAUCUCCUAUUUAAUAUGAUUAAAUUAACUCAGUUUAUGACUAUGAAAAAUUUAAAAUUAAAACUGGCUAAACAAACUUAGUAUAAGUCUCAAUAUAAAUGGAUGAAAUAGUUUAGUAUAUAUAAAUACAAUAUCAUUCAUUUCCUGAAGUGCUGGCUGUUUGCAAUAGCACUUUAGCUCUAUUAAUGCUUUUUGGAGUUUUUGCAAGAUAUUUUGCUUCUUAACUCAUCAAAUAAGAUUUUUUCCUUUUGUUUUUACAAAAUAUGUACUGUGGCACUUAUGAAAACAUUUUGAAAUUAAACAGUAUACUGGCCUAAAAUGAGCCAAUUAAUUCUACAAUCAAAGAAAAUCUUUCAUUAUCCAAACAGUAAGAUUAAAAGCUUGAAGAAUUAGAAAAUAUAAAAUCGAUUAUUGUUCCUAGUUUUUAAAGCACAUUCAUUGAUCAUUUACAUUAAAAGUAACUCAUAUCAUAGAAGUCAUAACUUGAAAAAUAGAUAAGUAGUGAGUAAAAGGAUAAUAUCUAAAAGGUUAGCAAUUAAUAAAGUUUUUAGACCACUUAGUUUUUAUUUAAGGAUAAAUUUUAGUAACAAAAAUAAAAUUUUUAGAUCAGUAAAACAUAAAAUUUUGAAUCUACAACAAAUCCUUUCAUUAAUAACAGUAAUAAUGAAGAAAUCAAUUCAUUUUAACCUUAAAGAAAAACCCAAGGUAAAGAUUCAUUGGUUAACUCAAAUAAUUAACUCAAUUUUGGACUAGAUACAAACAUGAGCCCUUACAAAUUAUAAUUAAAUUAUCCUUAAAGUUAAAAGAAAAAUUUUAAUUUUCGAAAUAUCAGCAGCAUUUUUAGCAAUUCAGUGUUUUAAAAGAUUCAAAAAAUAAUAUUUAGUGUUAGACUAUGUAAGAAAAGUGAAUAUUUGAGCUCAAAAGGUCUAGAUAUCUAAAUGAAAAAAUAAAUAGAAGAUUAGGUAAAUUAAAGCAUAGAUAUAUUAUAGGUAUAUUAGGACAUUAUACUCUUAAAGAAAGCUAUAAUGAUUUUGUUUAAUGAUGAGUAAUUAGCAGCUUUAAAAUUAGUAGGAUUUUCUCCAUCUAAUUAUGAUUUUAGUAGCUAAAAAUAAACAUAAAAUAAUACCGAAGAAAAAAAUGACCUAAAUCACUUCCAGAAUUAAUACUCUAUUUACAAUUCAGAAGAAAAAUGUAUACAGUCAAUUCAAAAAUUUAUAUUGAGAUGUUAAACUCAAGAUAUAUUAAGUAAAAUUGAUAAAAGAAUUUAUUCUUCAUUAAGCUUAUCCUUGAUAGAUUGA